AACCACUUUGACCAAAGGAACGCGCUACGAUUCUUCUCUCGCAAUAUGUCAGAACAGCCAGAAGAGACGCACGAGGGUGCUACGCCUCUGCAGAUCCUUUUCCACGCCAUCCAGAGCGACAACGCCGAGCUGCUCCAGAGUGUCCUCGAUGGCAGUACGCCCCCUUCGCUCGUCGAUGCGCGAAACGGCGCGGGUGACACAGUGGUGCUCGCGAGCCUGCGUGCGCAAUCGCUCGAGGCCCUUCAGCUCCUUCUCGAUGAAGAGGUCGACGUAGAUGAAGGCAAUCGGGCUAGGGAUGGCGAUCGGCCUUUGCACGUAGCCGUGCAGAUCAAAGAGGUCGAAUCGAGGGAUUGGUGUGUCGAACAGCUUCUCGAGGCUGGCUCAGAUCCGAGAUUGACAAACACAGAAGGACUCAAGCCAGUCGAGCUGCUCCCGCCUGCGCCGAGGAACAACGAGCAAGAGACUGACGAGUACGAGACAACGCGGAGGCUGCUUCGAAACGCAGAAGCCGUCAGCGGGCUGAGCAAGGCUGAUGUCGUCGACGAAGACGACGAAUCAGAAGGAGGCCCACCUUCUGAUGAGGAAUAAAGAGCUAUAGACCGGCGGACCGGGUCAUGUAAGCCAAGGGUAGACGAUGGCAUUUGCAGAUUAAGCAGGAGCAUAUUGAGGUGCACAAUGACCAAAAACGCCUCGACGGCAGCGUGGCUGAUUGUGUGCCUGUCGCUGAAGGUGAGAUGCUGUGAGAUUGAUGGGAGAUCGGUACAGGCGCAAGACUCCCUCCUCUGUCUUGUCGCUUGCCUCAUUAAGAGCUCUCGUUGCUGUUCGACCAUCGUUCAAUUUACUUUAGGGCAAUUUGGCACCCAACGACGGCUACUCGCGACUUCGUCCUCGACGUUCCCCGUCUAUAUGAGAAUCUGCACACAGACGUCUCAGACCGAC